AUGAGCCAAACAUACGGCGAGAAUCCUUAUUACCCCAGUGCGGGCGGUGGAGGUGGAGGUUAUCUCAGCGGUGGUUCGCCUUUUGGUAGUGGGAGUGGGAGUCCCGGCGGUACCGGUCGCCGUGGCGGUCAAUCCUCUCUACGACCUGUCACUGUCAAACAACUCCUAAACGCGUCCCAACCCCAUGCGGACGCCGAAUGGACGAUUGAUGAUGUGGAUGUUGGACAGAUCACCGUUGUAGCGGUUGUCGUCACAGUUCAAGUGCAGACGACAAAUUGUAUAUAUUGGCUUGAUGAUGGGACUGGUCGAUUCGAAGCUCGUCAUUGGGUUGAUUCCUCCAACGAAGAAGAGGCCGAACGAUGGGGCAACAUUGAAGAGAACACUUAUGUCCGUGUCACGGGCAGCCUGAAGUCAUUCGGCAACAAGCGUUACAUCAAUGCUACACAUCUGCGACCUUGUGCAGAUCCGCAUGAACUUUACUUCCACAUACUUGAAGCCGCUUUCGACCAGCUGGUAUAUGAGCGAGGACCGCCUCCUCGGCCAAGUGAAGCUGGUCAGAAUGUAAGCACCACGAGUGCUGGGGGGCAUUCGGCUUACUCGGGGCAAUCAAACGACGCGUCAGCGGUCAAUGAUCAGUACUCGAACUUGCCACCCAUUCAACGCAAGAUUGUGACCUUCAUACUCUCUCAAACGCGCAACGACGAAGGCGUGCAUGUUGCUGCCAUUGCCAGGGCUGUAGGCGGAGACGCACACUCCAUCAGCGAAGCUCUGGAUAAACUGAUGGACGAAGGACAUGUCUUCAGUACCAUCGAUGACUCACAUUUCAAUCUCUCUGUCUGA